CAAGUUGUGUUUUCAAUUUACUCGUUUCAUUUAGAAGCGAAACACCGUGAGAUCAGUGCUUGAGCAGCAGGACCGGGAGCUUCACCAACUGGGAAAAAUGACAACGACCAAACCUAAAAUAAGCGUCGAGUUGACCGAAACGAAAGCGGAUCCAGUCAAUCCAAUAGCCAUUGCCCAAGAAAUCGUCCUUGCCUUAGGUUUGAUAGUAGCCUUUUUUGUAAAACUGAUUUAUUAUUCCGGCGAGGCCAUCUAUGAACUUUUUACGCCGAAACCUGCACAGUCGGUCAAAGGAGAGAUUGUUUUAAUCACAGGAACUGGCCAUGGGAUAGGGAAGGAGCUGGCCCUUUUGUACGCAUCAAAAGGGGCCACCGUAGUUGGGUGGGACAUAAACGAAGAAAAUAACAAAAAAACAAUGCAAGAAAUUGCCAACAGAAACUACCCAAAAGCUUAUUCAUAUGUAUGUGACAUAUCAAAAAGGGAGAGCGUUCUGCAAACGGCGGAGCAAGUGCGCAAAGACGUCGGAGAUGUAACAAUUUUAAUUAACAACGCUGGAAUUAUGCCAACGCAUCCUUUGCUCGAACACACAUCCACCGAAAUACAAAAGAUCAUAGACAUAAACGUGAUGGCGCACUUCUGGACCAUCGAAGCUUUCCUUCCUGCCAUGAAGAAGAACAAUCACGGUUACAUCGUAGCUUUGUCCUCCAUGGCCGGGCAGUUGGGACUGGUGAACCUGGUUCCGUACUGUGCUUCGAAGUUUGCCGUCAGGGGCAUGAUGGAGGCUCUUCAAGAGGAGCUCAGGAGGAAUCCGAAGAAUAAUAUUCAUCUGACCUCGAUUUAUCCCUUCAUGGUGGACACGGGGUUGUGCAAGAAUCCAGUUAUUAGAUUCCCCAAUUUAAUGCCGCUUCAGAAACCCAAAGAGGUCGCCGAGACUAUUUUGUACUGUCAGACGAAUCAUAUAACGGAGAAGUCGAUUCCCGGUUACAUGCAUGCUUUUGCCAAUCUCCCAAGGUGGAUAUUCCCAACUAAGUCUUUCAUUGAUUUAAAAGACAGUUUUGAAGCGUUCGUGGAUACAGAUAAAAAGUAAAAUAUGACACACAUUUGAAAAUAAGUUCAUAAUAAAUUAGUGUAAUAUAAAUAAAAAUAUAUAUUUAGUUGUA